CCCUGGCGCACACAUGCUGUGUCGGCUGGGAGGUCGGCGGCUGCGGCCGCUGCCGGGCCUGCAGCUCGGGGUCCGGGGCCCGCAGUUUGCGACGGCCCCUACUGGCCGUGUCAAGCGUGCCGCUCUGCCAGUGUGGGGGGUGGCCUCAGUGUCCACGGUUAGCCCAGGAGGCGCGGGCGGCUGGUACGAGGCCCUGGCCACUUCGGCGCCCGUGCAGGGCGCGGAGGAGCUGCUGCUCGGCGCGCACAGCGCCGUGGGCCUGCCCUGGUGGGGCAGCAUCCUUCUCACCACCGUGGCCCUGCGCGGCGCCGUCACGCUGCCCCUAGCGGCCUACCAGCACUAUAUCCUGGCCAAGGUGGAAAAUUUGCAACCAGAAAUAAAAAGCAUUGCACGGCAUCUUAACCAAGAAGUUGCAGUUCGUGCAAAUCAUUUGGGGUGGUCCAAAAGAGUUGCCAGGCUCACUUAUCUAAAGAAUAUGCGAAGGCUUGUUUCUGAGCUGUAUGUUCGGGAUAAUUGCCACCCUUUCAAAGCCACAGUUUUGGUCUGGAUUCAGCUUCCUAUGUGGAUCUUCAUGUCUGUUGCUCUCCGGAAUUUUAGCACAGGAGCAACGCACUCAGAAGCAGGUUUUUCUGUUCAGGAGCAGUUAGCUGCUGGUGGGGUCCUGUGGUUUCCUGAUCUCACUGCACUGGAUUCCACUUGGAUUCUGCCUGUCUCUGUUGGUGUCAUCAACUUAUUAAUAGUAGAGAUUUUUGCCCUACAAAAAAUGGGAAUGUCUCGCUUUCAGGUGUAUGUUACGUACUUUGUUCGGGCAGUAUCGGUGCUGAUGGUUCCGAUUGCUGCGACAGUGCCUUCGUCGAUUGUUCUCUAUUGGCUAUGCUCCAGCCUCAUGGGCCUUUCACAGAACUUGCUGCUGCGUUCUCCUAGGUUUCGCCAACUUUGCCGAAUACCAUCGACCAAGAGAGAUUCAGACACUCCUUAUAAGGAUCUAUUUGCUGCCUUUUAUGCCAAGUUCAAUUCAAGAAAAUGACAUACUUUUGGCAAUUUUGAAACAGUUACAAGUGUCACUACCACCUUAAUAUACUCAGAAGACUUAUUCAUAUAUGAUUUAAUUUGCCUUUAUUUAAAAUCAUGAAUUCUGUGAAGUACUUUGGGCUAAACUAUAAUCCAGUUAUAUUUGAUAAUACUUAAAAUCCUUUUUUAAUUUUUUAAAUUUAU